ACAGCAAGAGCUGCUCCUCUCUGCGAUCAGGUCACUUCACAUGCAGAGCGCGUCAGCGAAGAAUACCGUCGGGCUCUCUCUGCGUCCUUCACACUUUUUUCCCCUCCCUCUUAUGAACAAAGAUGGAAAAUUAGAGCCAAAGGACGCGAAUGAUUAUAUUGGACUGCUUUGUUUUUGUGAUGAGCACCUCCGAAUCUGCUGAGGAUCGAAUAUCUGAUGGAAACUCAGCGCUUCCGCCUCCUAUCUGGCUGUGAGGAGGCAUCAGGAAACUGAAGACAGGAGACAACGUGUUCUGAAUACAAAGGAGGACAACUAUUGACACCUUUAACAGACCCUCCGCCGUGUGGCUGGACAAAGCAAAGCGGACUUUAACAAAGGAUCCCGCUUAUUAUCGGUUCCCCACUUUCCUUAGUCCUUCACCAAUACUAUCUAGAAGCUUAAUUUUUAGGCAAACAUCCCCAUCCCAGGGGUAAAACUGCCUUCCCCUUUGCCGCUUUUCUUUUUUAAUCUCCCAAGCACUCGAAAAACUAACACAAAACGAAUCACCUUAGACACUUUUGUUGUCCUGCCAUGCAGUAAAGUGUUUUUAAUCCGGAGUAAAACAAUCCCGAAACGUUUCACAAUGGCUUCGCUGUAUCAGAGAUUCACCGGGAAGAUCAAUACGAACAAUUCGUUUCCGCACCCACCUGAGGCCAGCCACCUUCUGGGAGGACAGGUCGCAGACGAGGAGAACGGGACCAAGUCCUCUCACCAAGGAGCCGAGGGUCGAGCUCACGUCCAGUACAAGAAAAAGUGCUUACGGGAAGAUGAAGAUGACCUCGUGGGCAGUGCGCCUCCUCAGAGGAACUGGAAGGGAAUAGCGAUCGCCCUCCUGGUCAUCCUGAUCAUAUGCUCUCUGAUUGUCACCUCCGUUAUCUUGCUGACGCCUAGUGAAGAUGACAGCCUCGCUCUUAAGAAGAAAGUAACCUUGGACGACGUCUUUGGAGCGGACCUCCGAAUUCAUGACCCAGACGCUAAAUGGCUUAGUGACAAAGAACUGCUGUUUCGAUCAAGAAAUGGUAAUGUUCUCAGGUUUAAUGCGGAAACACAGAAAGAGGAGAUCAUUGUGUCAAACCAGCUGUUUGACCGAUCAAAAGCUGCUAGAUACCAGUUGUCUCCAGACAUGAAACACGUGAUGUUUGCCUUUGAUGUAAAACGGAUCUAUCAAUACUCCUAUUUGGCCAAGUACAUCAUUUACAGCCUCGUGACACAGGAGACUUGGCCUUUAAAUCCCCCAGAGGUGCAUGACGCUGUUCUACAGUAUGCUGGAUGGGGACCCCAAGGCCAACAGCUGAUCUUCAUUUUUGAAAACAACAUCUACUACAGGUCGACGGUGGAUAGUCGAUCGAUCCGCCUUGUCUCGACUGGUAAAGAGGGGGUCAUCUUUAAUGGGCUCGCUGACUGGCUGUAUGAAGAGGAGAUCCUGCAGACCCACAUUGCCCACUGGUGGUCUCCAGACGGACUGCGUUUGGCCUACAUGACCAUCAAUGAUACGCUGGUGCCAGAAAUGGAGGUUCCAUAUUUCACCGGUACACCAUAUCCUGGAAGCCAGGUCUAUCAUUACCCAAAGGCCGGAGAGGAGAACCCUGUGGUCCACCUGUCUGUGGUGGGCCUCCACGGUCUCCUGCACACAGUGGUGAUGAGGAAACCUGAUGAUCCUCGGAUAGGGAGGGAAUAUUAUAUCACUAUGGUGAAAUGGGCUACCAAUACAAAACUGGCUGUUAACUGGCUAAACAGAGCCCAGAACAACUCGAUCCUCACACUGUGUGAAGUCACCACUGGAGUCUGCAUUAAGAAACAUGAAGAUGAGAGUGAAAGCUGGCUUCAUCGGCAGAAUGAACCUCCACUGUUUUCUAAAGAUGGACACAAGUUUUUCUUUACUAGGGCGAUCCCUCAGGGGGGUAGAGGGAAGUUUUUCCACAUCUCUAUGUCCACCACACUGCCCAACACCAGCACAGACAUCCUUCAGUCUCUGACAUCUGGAGACUGGGACGUCACCAGCAUCUUGGCGUACAGUCAUGAGAAGAACCUUAUAUACUUUCUGAGCACAGAAGACGACCCAAAGAGACGGCAUUUGUACAGCGCUGACACAAUCGCUCCGUUCAACCGCUGCUGCCUCUCCUGUGACUUCAAGUGUGGUUUUGUGGACGUUUCAUUCAGCCACAACAUGGAAUACUUCUUGCUCAGCUGCAAAGGUCCAGAUAUACCAAGUGUGGCAGUUUAUAAAACAGGAGACAAACAAAAAGUGUUCGAUGUGGAGACAAAUAAGAGAGUAAACUACACAUAUAACAACAUGCAGAUGCCCAAAGUGGAGAACAAAACCAUCACCAUAGAGGAUUACACUCUGACCAUGCAGAUUCUGAAGCCAGCAGGAUUUGUAGAAACAGACAAAUACCCACUGUUGCUGAUAGUAGACGGCACACCUGGUGGGCAGAUGGUGACGGAGCAGUUCUGGGUGGACUGGGCCUAUGUUCUCGUCAGCAGUUACAGCACAAUCGUUAUCCGCUUUGACGGCCACGGUAGCGGCUUCCAGGGAACCAACCUGCUCCAUAAGGUCCACAGGAAGCUGGGGAAGUUGGAGGAGAGGGACCAGCUGCAGGCACUCAGGUUCAUAUCAAAAGAAGGGUACAUUGAUAAGGAUCGAAUGGGAGUUUAUGGGAAGGCCUACGGGGGAUACUUAGCCACAAUGCUAUUGAGCUCUGAAGAGUUUACUCAGCUGAAAUGUGGAGCAGCCGUCUCGCCUAUAACAGAUUUUGAGCUUUAUGCAUCUGCAUUUUCAGAGAGAUACCUUGGACCGAAGAGGGACUCCCGAGUUUAUAUGGCGGCAAAUUUAUCUCAGAGGGCGGGUCGUCUGCUGGAGAAACAGUACUUAAUAAUUCACCCGACAGCUGAUGAAAAGGUUCACUUCCAGCACACAGCCAAAUUUAUCAACCAUUUAAUCAGCGAGAAGGCCAAUUACACUCUACAGAUUUACCCGGAUGAGGGCCACUUCCUGCACAGCGAGGGCACACAGCAGCACCUGAGUCAAUCCCUCCUCAACUUUUUUGAGGAAUGUUUUCGGAAGCCGGAGGCACCCAAGGACGAUGAGCCGGAUGAGCCAGAGGAAAACAGUUAAACCCAGGCAGCCCUGGCCUGCUCCUGUAUCACAGCACAAUAUGCAACAAAUCUUUCCAAUCUAAAGUCUACACCACCUGCCGUCCAAUCUGAUUUUAGCUCUAAUCUGAAGCACCUGCAUGUGUGAUCCCUGCGGUUCGACUCACACUGGCUGCUGUUGAGAAAACCAGUCACACAGAGGCUGAAUAAAACUCAGAUAAGAACAGAUAUAUCUCCAACUAGCUGGACCAGUGCGCCCUCUGGUGGACAGACAGAGGAUCCUCCAAACCCUAACAGGCAGGCUAAGCAAGUUCUUUGCAGGUUAUUCCCAUGAAGAGAAGAGAAAUCAUUUUUUUUUUAAUGCUGCCAGUUUGUGAUAACCUUGCCAAUUAACUUGAUUAUUGUGUUCUUGGUUUAAUCAGAGUUGUUUUUUCCAAAUUCUCUGUUUAAUGUCUUACUGUGUGUCAGUGAAAGCAUCAGUCCAUAGUGGCUUUAGAAGUUGAAGGCACAAUGUAACGCUCAAAGAUUGUAUAAAUAAUGAGGUUUUAAUAGUUUCUUUGUGCCCACUUUUCUUUAUAUAGCUCUUGUUUUAGUCACUGUGCCUUACUGUGGGGGGAUGUUCACAUUAGGAGCCCACACCACACUAUAAAACAAGCAACAUGGUCCGAACAGAGCAACAAAGACAUUUAUGAUUUAGAACAAAGUAUUUCUUGUAUUUUUUUCCUCGCAGCACAUUGGACAGAGCUUCAUAUAAAAUAAACAGACAUCAUCUUAUAUUACCUACCAACACAUGUAACCAUUAGUUAGUUUGCAGUUUCCUGAUAUUUAAAGUCAUUUUAUUAUUUGAACAAUUGUUUGCUGAUGUCCUAAAGAGCCUUUCCUCACUGUGUCAUUUCUGUUUGUACCGUGCGUGGAUUCCAGUCAGCUGCUGUAAAAAGUGUAUAAACCUGACAUGAAGUCUCUAUGUUGUAUGUGCAACUUGUACAUAAAGCAUUUUGAAAUGUAUUUUGUCU